AUGGACAGCUCUUUCCGUUCACGUUCCCCUUCGACUACUCAUGGGUCUUAUUUCCAUGACUCUGACCAAGACGCGCACGAUUAUACGCGACUCCGAUUACAACAACAAUUGGCAAGAGAUCUAGACGGCUCGCCUGCCUCCCAUAAGUCAGAUAGUACCAUUGGCUCCCUUGGGAUUUCCGAAGGCGCAGCCGCGAUGUCAACCAGAAAAUUAGAUGAUAUAUUGCCGCAGACUCCAAAUCUUGACUCUAAAUUCGUCAACUCUCAGUUUAAGGACUUCAGUACGAUUGGUGUAGCUGUUCGCAAUAGAUUGUUCCCAGGAAUGUCCAACAAUACCGAGGACAGUGCUGAAAUUGGUCGUGGAAUCUCAGAGGAGCACACCAGAACCGACAAGUCCUCCACUCUUGGUUCUAUCUUUGCUAGAACUGCAGCCAGAACUGCAUCCAAUGCUAUUGAUAACAACGGCAAACUCACCGUCCCCACUGCCGGAAUGAAUGCUGGUCCCCGGCGUCUCUCUCCAAACACCCGUGCUAGAAUGCAACCGACGGUUGUAGACGAGUCCAUGGAGCUUAGCUCGUACUCGAUCGGUUCUCGUCUUAGUGGGUCGAGACGUCCCAGUCGUGAUGUUCGCGCUACUAAAGAGCAGGCUGCCCGCGAAAAGCUUCAAGAAGCUGCCACGAUCAAGGAGAACAUUCCUUUACGCACUGCCUCUCAUGGCUCUCUAGCCCAGUCCGGCCGCGUUACUUCAAACACUGCACUCUUGAACACUGAGAAGCUCUUCAGAGAUAUGGGCUUUUCUUCCGACGAGUCCGAUUUCUCGGAGAUCAAACCGUGUGACUCCCCAUCCUUACGGAAAUAUCACAAGCGUGCUGCGUCUAAGCCACCAGUACCGAGUGUUACGGGCAAUAGCAUCAAGUUGCCCGAUAUGACAGGCAUCUCUGAUUUAGUCUCAAGCAUUGAUCACGGUAACCAUAUCUCCAACCGUUCACAGAGGGCUCCGAUUCAACAGGUCCCAGUUCCCGUCGAUGAGCGUGAGCUACUUGUUUCCCUUAAAAAAUUACAAAAGAAGGUUGCAGCCCUCGAGGCCGAUAAAGAGAAGGAACGAAAACGAGCGAAGGAAUUAGAAAGAAAUUGUGAAGAAACUCGUCAACUCUAUCAAAUUGAGGCCGACGGCCGACGUCAGCUCGAAGCUGAAUUGAAUAAUCGAAAGCGAGCGGAUAGCGCCCUCGGAGGAGAAAUCGACAGCCAGCAGGGGUCGCCCAGACAGGUCGCUGCAGACCUCAAGGCCAAACAUCAGGCCGAGUUGAAGAAAUUGGAGACUGUCGUUUCUUCGUACAGAAACCGCAUUGAAAGCGUAGAGCGAAAAUACUCUACUAUGCAACAAGACCUCGGUCUUAUCUCCCAAGAAAGGGAUAUUGCAUCCAGCUCACUCGCCCGUAAGACAGCUCAUAAUGAUGAGCUUCAAGAAGAAAUAGAAAGUCUUCGUAAAGAAAACGAUGAGCUCGCUCAAGAAAAUGACCUUUUGUCCGGUGACAUUGAGAGACUUAUGAGGGAUCUCGAAAGAAAAGAUAAGGACUUGGAUCAUGAGAGAAAGCUCAUGAAUGAUAAAAUAAACCGGUAUCGCGAGAAAGUAGCUAGAACGAGCAGAAUUGCGACUGAGAGUACGCUUGCAGCUAAUUCUUACCAAGCAAUUACUCGAGGGUGGAAAUCUGCCGUCAAGCAAGAUGCAACGGCUGAGGAGUAUACCGCCACGAAGGCGAAUAUCGCCGAGAUUAAGAGGACAGAGGCUCGAAAGGCAUCUGUCACCAAUAACGCUCAGCCCGCGAAACCGGCUAUCAAGAUCACACGAGAAAGAGAAGGACAGCCUUUGGUGGCCUCGAAGCCCGAGGAGCGUGUUCAACAGCAAGUUGACACCGAACUGAAGAAGUUGUUCCCCUCCACCUCCACUGCCCCUGUCCCUGCCACAGCUUUGGCUGCCGCGAAGAGGAAGAUUUCUAACUCUACAACUGCUAGCAGGUCUUCGAACAAACCUCAUGUUAAGAAGACUCGAACAGUUGUCGAGGAGUAUUCUGAAUCCGAAACGGAAGAAGCGGCGCAGAAUUUCCUAAAUGUUCCAUUCACCGCACCAACCACCGGGGAAUCGUCCUUUAUCGAGGCUUAUUUGGAUGACACGUUUACGGAGCCUUCUCUCAGCGAGUCUCGUAUCCAUCGGGAAAUGGCAGGUGAUGUUUUGGAUGAUGACACGAACACUAGCUUCGUCGAGGUAAGAUCUACUGUUCCCCCUCCACCCAAUUCAAGGCGUAGCAACCUUGUCUCACGACGCUUUGUGCAGAGUGAGGGAGUUGCUAGAUUGAGAAGGGAAAUUUUGGAGGAGAGGAAACAACUAGAAGCUUUCACAUCCCAACAACGUACCGCCGAGAAAAAUCCGCAUUUCAGAACCGAGCGUACCACCCGUCGAAACGAUGAUGCCGACGUGAAGGUGCCCGAGGUUAAGAAACGUGUUCAGAUUUUCUCCGAGAAGGAUAACGAUGAGCUUGAUAUUGAAGGUAACGAUGAAGAGAUCGGACAUCCCUUCCUCCGUACUUCUAUGAUUGCCAAUGACACCGAAGGAGAGAUUGCGGAUAACGAAAUUGGUAAUAUCCUUCAUGAACUACCCCGCUCCCUACCUUCCCCACCAUCCUCUCAGCAGACUGUCAAGAGACAUGUCAGUGCUAUGUCUAGCAUUCGUGCGGCAGAGGAUUAUAAUAAUGCUGUGGAGCGAGUCUGCAUCCACAAUGCACACUCCUGCACCCUAUGCCACCGAGCAUCUGCACUCGAGGAGUGCCAGGCAAAGGGACACAUUGUGAACGAAUCCUUUGAUGUUGAGAUUCCGGAAGUUGUCCCGAUCUCGCGACGCAUGUUAGACGAUUCGGAGCUUGCUGAAGGCGAGGUCACGAUCAGACCUAGCCAACCACCUAAAUACGCUCUUGACAAAGUCAUGAAGCAGAUCCAAGAUGAGUUAGAGCACUUGAAGCUUGAAUAUAAGCAGGUCGAAGCGGAAUAUCUUGCUUGUGACCCAUCUCUAGGUCGACGAAAGCGCAAGUCGUUGACGAAUCAGCUUACUGAAAUUGUCGAGUUGAUGGAUAAGAAGGCAGACCAGAUAUACGCCCUAUAUGAUGUUGCUGAGGGUGUUACUGCCGAUAGGGCAUCGUCCGUUUCUAGAACUAGCGCAAGACGACACAGCACUGGCAGCAGAAUUAGCGGCCACAUCGUCGUCUAG